AUGGCGAAGAGGAAGAAACCGAUUCGUAAGCCUGACAUUUCACUAGGGGAUCGAUCUCAACAUGUUCUACAAGAGAUUCAACGGAAGAAUUUGAAUGGCUUGGAGGGAGAAUUUGUGGCCGAUAUAGAGCAGAACCUGAGUGUGGAAGAAAGAUAUGGGUCUGAAGUUAAGCAAGAUGCAGCGAUAGCUUCACAGGGUGAGGGCUCUCAGUUGGAGGAAGGCUUGGAAGAUGGAACGAACAUGGAGAUGCCCAAAGCUGCUUGGGCGGACAGGUGCGAAGAAGGUGUUAGGGGCACGGAAGAGGAUUUCCAGUCGGAUUCGCAGCUCCACUGGCAGCAAUUCCGAUCUAGCAAUCUCUCUUCUUCUGAACCAAAAUUAGAGUAUACAGAACCGAUUUUUAGAAAUGGUCAAAAGCUGGCACAAGUGGAUGCUGAAGAGGUGAGAAUUCAGUCUGCAAAUUGGAGCUCUGCAGUGGUUUGUAUGGUUCUUGGUGCUAAUCCUCCAAUGGCUGUAUUUGAGGCAACAAGAGACCAUGUCCUUGAGAAUGGAGUUCUUCAAUUCGAUAGGAAACCUGUUAUUGUGAGGCCUGGGACAACUGAUCUUAGUGCGAUUCGCUUGGUUCGUUCAGUUCCGUUGUGGAAUCGCCUUCAUGAUCUUGGGCUUCAGUAUUGGGGGAGUAAGUGUCUCAGUGCGUUGGUUAGUACAAUCGGCAAACCGCUGUUAGUGGAUAAAUUUACUAAGGAACGAUCUCGUGUUCAAUUUGCAAGGGUGUUAGUAGAAAUGGAAAUCACAGAUAAUCCCCCUCGUAGUUUCCAGUUUAUUAAUGAAUAUGGUCAGGUGGUUGAACAAAGCAUAGAGUAUGAGUGGCUGCCUACUAAAUGUAAAAGCUGCUCUGGUUUUGGGCAUUCUAUGGCAGAGUGUAGGAAGGACCUUAAGGCACUUUGGGUAGAAAAAGUUCCUCCCCUGUCUGAGGAAAAACAACUAGAAAGGACGGAUAAUCCAGAUGGAGCCAAGGGAGGGACAUUGAACAAGCAAGAGGAGGAGUCUCAAGCUACUGAAGAAGCUAAAACUGAUGAAGGUGUUACGUCUACUUCAAAGAAAAGUACUUCUGGGCAGGUUAUAGAGAGAAAUAAGGAAGGACAGUGGCUUACUCCUAGGCGGGUCAGUUCUCAAAAAACGGGUUCUUCUACUGGUGUCAAUAAACCGGCUGGGUUGGCUCAAAAUAAGGGCAACCAGUUUGGAAUAUUGCAGGAACAGGAAAGGGGAGUCCAAGAAUUGUUUAGGAAGAAUAAGGUUGGUAUAGGUGGUUUAUUGGAAACUAAAUUGUGUGGUAAGAAAAUUGAUGAGUUUAUGGAACAUAGAUUUCCUAAUUGGGACUUUUUCACUAGCCCAAGAACUGAAGGGAGGCUGUUGAUUCUUUGGAGGAAAGGUUUAGCUAAUAUGAGCAUCUUGGAAGACUCUCCUCAAUUGGUUCACUGCCAAAUCAGGACUGGUGGUUGCUCUUUGGCUAGCUCUGAGUUGGUUGAUUCUGUAGAAUGGAAAUCCAUUGCUAAAGUUGAGGCUAUCAAGAGUAUGGGUUCCUACUUCACUUGGACUAAUAACCAAGAUGGUUUAGAAAGAAUUUACUCCAAAAUAGACCAUGCUCUUAUAGAUGAAGAUUGGCUGGAUGUUUUUCCUCAAAGUGUGGCUGUUUUUCAAUGGGAGGUGGUAUCGGAUCAUUGCUCAUGUACUGUUUCUAAUAUCUCCUUGAAAUCUAUGGGAACCAAGCUUUUUAGAUACUAUAACUUUUGGUCUAAUCACCCAGAUUUUAAACAAAUAGUUUUGAAGAGCUGGAAAGCUCCAAUGCAAUCGUCUGGGCUGAAGGCUAUCUUUACAAGACUUAUUCAUCUCAAACAUCACCUUAAAAAGCUAAACAGGGACGGGUUUGGGGUUGUGGGAUUAGGCUAUCAUGUGGCUUUGGAAGCUCUGCAAACUGCCCAAUUUCAAGCUCAAGAGAAGCCACUAGACUUUCAGUUACAAGAGGCAGCCAAAGAGAAGAGGAGAAAAGCAGAUAAUUCUAUUGCUUCUUAUACUAAUGAUAAUGGGUUACUGGUUGAUGAUUUCAAGGAGGUUGUUAGCCAUUUUACUGAACAUUUUAAGAGUCAUUUGGGCAGUCCCAGUUCGGCUUCAGGGGUGGUUGAUCAGAGUUAUAUUGAUUUAGGCUCUAAGCUCUCAGUGGAGCAACAACUUUAUCUGUUAAAACCUUUCUCUACUAAGGAAAUAAAGGCUGCCUUGUUUAGUAUUCCCAAUACUAAAUCGCCUGGUCCUGAUGGCUAUGGGUCCGGUUUCUUCAAAACUAUGUGGAAGGAUAUUGGUCAGGAUAUUUGCUCUGCCAUCACUCAUGGCUUCUCAACGGGUCAUUUUCCUAAAGAGCUGCAUGAAACAACUUUAUCCUUAAUUCCUAAAGUUUCGAAUCCAGCUAGGGCCUCUGAUUAUAUGCCGAUUGCUUGCUGCUCAACUCUGUAUAAAGUAAUGGCUAAAUUGUUGUGUUCCCGUCUAGUAGUGGUGCUUCCUUAUCUUGUUCAAUCGAAUCAAGGUGUGUUUGUUCGGGGUAGAUCUAUAGCUCAUAAUAUCAUGAUUCUUCAAGAUUUAAUUAAGAAUUAUAGUAGAGCGAUUACUUCUCCUCGGUGUGCGAUAAAGAUUGACAUUAGCAAGGCGUAUGAUACGGUUGAUUGGCUUUUUUUGGUCAACUUGUUAAAGGCCUUUUGUUUUCCUUCUAAGUUCAUUGGUUGGGUCAUGAAUUGUAUUAGGAGUACUGCUUAUUCAUUGCUAAUUAAUGGGCGGGUUCAGUGUACUUUCCAGGGGGUAAAGGUUUGA